AUGUCUGACAACGCGGCAAUUUUGGGCGUUCAUGCUCGAGAGAUCUUGGAUAGUCGAGGGAAUCCAACGGUCGAAGUUGAAGUCAAGACGGCUGCUGGUGUAUUUCGAGCUGCUGUACCUUCUGGAGCUUCCACCGGUAUUUAUGAAGCUUUAGAGUUGCGCGACAAGGAACCAAGUCGCUUCUUAGGCAAAGGUGUGCUCAAAGCUGUUAGUAAUGUCAAUGAUGUCAUUGGGCCAGCAUUAAUUAAGGCCGGUGUAGCAGUUACAAAGCAAAAGGAACUUGAUCAAUUAAUGCUACAGUUAGACGGAACAGAGAAUAAGUCCAAAUUAGGCGCAAACGCUAUCCUUGGUGUUUCGCUCGCUGUUUGUAAGGCCGGAGCUGCACACAAAGGUGUUCCUCUUUACCGUCACAUUGCUGACUUAGCUGGUAAUGAAAAAAUCAUCAUGCCAGUGCCUGCAUUCAACGUCAUUAAUGGAGGAAAACAUGCCGGUAAUCUAUUGCCUAUGCAAGAAUUUAUGAUUUUACCAACUGGAGCUAGCAGGUUUAGUGAAGCCAUGAGAAUGGGUUGUGAAGUUUACCAUAACCUAAAGUCGAUUAUCAAAGCUAAAUAUGGACAAGAUGCAACCAAUGUCGGUGAUGAAGGUGGUUUCGCUCCAAACUUUGCUGAUGGUGGUGAAGCUUUACAACUGCUACAGGAGGCUAUUAAAAAAGCCGGUUAUACUGGAAAGAUUUCAAUUGCUAUGGAUGUUGCUGCGUCUGAAUUCUGUGAGAAUGGCAAGUACAAUUUGGACUUCAAGAAAUCAAAUGCUAGUCCAGACAACUUGCUUGCUGGAUCCGAAUUAGUCAAACUAUACCAGUCUUACGUCUCCAAUUACCCAAUCGUAUCAAUAGAAGAUGGGUUCGACCAAGAUGACUGGGAGAGCUGGUCCGCUCUUACAGCUGCUGUUGAUAUUCAAAUUGUCGGAGACGAUUUAACAGUAACUAAUCCGAAGCGCAUUAAAACGGCCAUUGAGCGCAAAGCAUGUAACUGUUUACUUUUGAAAGUAAAUCAGAUUGGCUCCGUAACUGAAUCGAUUGACGCCUGUAAAUUGGCACAACAAAACGGUUGGGGCGUCAUGGUCAGUCAUCGUAGUGGAGAAACUGAAGACACCUUUAUAGCUGACCUCGUUGUUGGCUUGCGUACUGGACAGAUCAAAACUGGUGCGCCCUGCAGGUCGGAAAGACUUUGCAAAUAUAACCAAUUGCUCAGGAUUGAGGAAGAACUUGGUGAUAAUGCCGUUUUUGCUGGAGCAAACUUUAGAAACCCUUAAUCGUGAAUUGUAUGACAGCAAUGGUCGCAAUCUAAAUAUCUUUUAAUUUCUUUAAAAUUUGUUACAAUUCAGGUUAAAGGAUAUUUUAAGCCUUACCGAUUAGAAUUUAAAACACUUCAGUUAUUACAAGAAUCAUUCGCUAAUUUUUAGGAUUAACAUUCAUGCAAAUAAAAACUUUGCUUAUGGCACCAAU